UUAAAAAAGUUUUAAUUAUUUUUAUUUAUUUCAUUAACGUGAAAUAAAGAAAUGAGUUCCAAUAUUUUAACAGUGUGGGAAUUGCUCUUGUGCUUGAUUUGGAAGAAUUGGUGUGUCCAGUGGAAGAAUUGGCAUACUGUACUAUUUUGCAUACUCACACCCACUUUUUUUAUGACGAUACCAAUAGUAAUACGUUGCAUGAUUAGCUGUGAAAAUUUCCCAACUAUUAUAUAUGAACCAGUUGAUUUAAAAGAAUCAUGGAGCAACCUAUUAAGUGUGCUAUCAGAUCGCGGUUACAAAUAUUUCAAUGUUUCACGGACCAACAGUUUCAACGUAUAUGUCCCUCAAAUGAUAAUUGCUUAUGCACCCAAUACAUACGUUUUAUUUAAUAAAAUAAUGAAUCACGCAAUUAUGUCUUUAGGAGGUAUGGAUUUGAUUGGAUUUAGCUCUUGUGAACUUCUCUAUAAUGCCAUGCAAACAAAAUAUUAUUUCGCUGGAGUUUGUUUCGAUGAAAAUAUUUUUCAGUCCAAUACGGACGAAAUACCAAGUCAACUUAAUUAUACACUGUUGUAUCCAAGUGAACUACGUUUCUACCAUGAUACAUAUAUAACGUCCAACUGGAAUACAAAUAUUUUAUUUAAUUUUGUAACUCCACCGGAUAGUCGUGUUGGUAGAGACAAAACUGGCGGCUACGUUGGAUACGUUCGUGAAGGUUUUAGUUCCCUACAACAUCAAAUAUUUCUAUCAUAUAUGAAUCUUGAUUCUGUAGUUGAAGAACUAAAAAAGACAUUUAAUGGAGUAACUCGUAUUCCAGACAUAUUGCUGCAUCGAUUUCCAUAUCGUGCGCAUACAGUUGACAAGUUUUUGAAUGGGAUCAAGAGCAGUUUAUCUCUUAUAAUCAUAAUAUCUUACACAGUUCCCGUUACAAUUUUUAUAAAGUACAUAGUUGAAGAAAAAGAGAAGAAUUUACAAAUAGUCCUUAAAAACAUGGGAGCUCCUUAUGCAUUACAAUUAAUAUCAUGGGUUGUUGUUGCUUUCUUUCAACUGUUGUUAUCAUCCAUAAUAUUAGUGACUUUGAUUAAGAUACCAUGGAGUGACGGUAAUGGAAUUUUGCCUAAUAGCUCAUGGCUAGUAUUAUUGCUUGUUAUGAGCUUGUACAGCUUAGUUGCGGCAACCUUUUCAGUACUUUUAUCCAUAUUUUUCGUCAAAGCAAAAUAUGCUGUUAUAAUAACAGUUGCUUUAUGGAUUUUAACAUUUUUUCCUUAUGCAAGCCUUCUAAAUAAAUUGAAUCAUGAAAUUUUAACACGCAUAUUAAUUUUUCUAUUACCCAAUACUACAAUGGGUUUAAUCAUUGGUAACAUCCAAAAUUUAGAGGUAAACGACAUAGGCAUUCAGUUUAAGAACUAUUUUAGUUCGCAAACAUUGGAAAUACACUUCUCAAUCGGCAUUCUUAGUAUCACAAUGUUACUUCAAAGUAUAGUUCACAUGGUCAUGGCAAUAUAUAUUGACAUGCUGAUUCCUGACAAAACCGGCCGAGUAAAAAAGCUGAACCUUUUUUUAACGGAUGUAUUUAAAGGACGUCGUCCUGGUAGCUCAAUCCAGGAUACCACAAGGCCUGGUAGCUCAAAUCGAAGUAUUACAGUUAUUGAAGUUGAAACUCUCAAGCCACCAAUCCUCGAAAUAACUAAUUUGUGUAAAAAGUAUGAUAAUAAGUAUGUGGUACAAAAUGUUAAUAUGACUUUGUAUGAAAAUGACACUACCAUUCUUAUGGGUCAUAACGGCAGUGGCAAGAAAACUUUAUUAAAAAUGAUUGUGGGUUUAUUACAUCCAACUAGUGGAGAUAUGAAGAUAAAUGGUAUUGAAUGGACUGCAGAUAAAGGUUAUGAUGACAUUAGUUUUGCCAUAAAUGAUCAAAUAUUGUUUGGAAACUUAACUGUGCAAGAUCAAUUAACAUUUUUUUGCCGAAUGAAGGGUAUAGAGUACCCUAAAUGCAAAAUGCAAGUCAUAAAAUAUCUUAAAUCAACUCUACUCAAAAAUUAUUCAAAUUGUUAUACAGAUAACUUGACAUUAGGCUUAAAAAAUAUACUAGCUUUAUGUUGCGCGCUAAUUGGAGAUAGUAAAAUUAUUAUACUCUGUGAUCCCUUUGAAGGCCUUGAUAUACUUACUAGAAAAUAUAUGUUCAACUUGUUGUUAAAAGAACGAAUUGGUCGAACACUGCUGUUAUCAACAAAUUCCUAUGAUGUGGCGGAAACAUUUGGUAAUCGUAUGGCCAUUAUGGCUAAUGGAGAAAUCAAAUGUUCCGGCACUCCAAGUUUUCUGAAACGUGUUUAUUGCUAUGGAUAUUGCUUAAGAAUUCUUAUGGGAAAACUUUCAAAAAGUGACGAUAUAAAGAAAUUAUUACGAAAAUACAUAAUAAAUAUUGAACCAGAUUAUCUGCUUGGGAAUGAAAUAUCAUUUCUUCUAGAACAAAAAUACUCGUAUGUAUUUGAUGAUAUUUUCGAUGAAUUCGAAGAAAGAUGGAAUGAACUGAAUAUUGUACAUUUGGAGGUUAACGAACAUUCUUUACGCGAUGUUUUUUUACAAUAUGGGGCAGAUGGUUCAAGUUAUGGAAAUUCUCUACGACAUCAUGAAAUUUUAAAUGGUAUUUCUAAAUACCUAGACCGCUCAAAUCCUGUUACGCUAUUUCAGACAUAUAAAACUCUUAAAGGGAGGAAACUUAUAUUAAAUCAUUGGAACGCAUACGUUUAUAAGCGUUUUAUACAUUUAAUACGCAGUCCAUUAAUAUUUGGUUCAAUUGUUAUCUUACCUAUUUUAUGUACAGUGAUGCCGUUCUCUCUACUACAAAUAAAAUUAAACAAUGAUGAUUUAAAGCCGAUGUCAUAUAGACUGCAACAAUACCAGCGUUCCGCAACUACAAUAGAAAUUUUACGGAAAACAGAUCCAAUGUCGGAAAGCUCGGAACUUGAAUAUCAACAGUUAGUAUUUUGGAGUUCAAAUCCACACCAAGUAGAAGUUAUUGAAACUCCAUUUGAAGAAUACAUAAUAAAGCAGGAAAAGUUAAAAGCAAGUAAAAUUAAUGAGCUUUACCUCGUUGCUGCUUCUUUCAAAAAAAACUACACUGCUUGGUUUAACAAUUACCCUCUUCACACCGUACCACUCUCAUUAAACUUAAUGCAUAAUGCAAUAGCGAGAGCAAUAUUGGGUAUUGAUUCAAGUAUUGAACUGAAUUUCCAACCUUUGCCAUUUACUAAUAAAUAUCAUGCAAUGAUGAUGCAUGUUCCACUGUCGCAUAAUAUGCUUUUACCGCUGUGUACAUCACUCUGCCUAUCGUUUGUUUGGUCAAUUUCGAUCAUAUUUACGAUCAGAGAAAAAAUAACAAACUUAAAAUUCCUACAGUUCAUUGCCGGUGCAAAAAAAGAUUCAUUUUUUUUAACUGGUUUAAUACUCGAUAUUCUGGUGGUAUUAGUAACAGGAAUUAUAACAGUCGCAACAAUGAUGGUCAUUGACCAAGAUCGAUUCAAUGAUACCGAUGUCAGAGAGUCAUAUUUUCUAACCAUAAUAGCUGGUGGAAUUUGCGUAACCUCAAUGAAUCAUGUCUUAGGAAGAUUCUUUAGAGAUCCAUAUUUAGCAUUCUGUGUUGUCAUCACAAUUCAUUUCUUUGGCAUAACGAAUUUCGCAAUUUACACUGAGGUUUUCUACAAAAAUCAUGAUGACGGAUUAAGUUAUAUAAACACUCUGGGAAGAAUACUUUAUAUAAUGCCUCUGUUCACACAAUGUAGCGCUAUGAGUACUAUUUUCUUUAUUAAUGACUUAAUAGUAAUGUGUUCGGAUCAAACUAUAUAUACAAUUUCAACAUAUGUUGAAAACUGUGAUUCAAUGCCAAACUGCUGCGUUGAAUAUAGUGUCUGGGAUGGCGUAUCUUCAAGCAUUUUUAUUCUAAUGGGCUUAACUAUAUUUUAUUGGAUUUUAAUGUAUUUAAUGGAAUAUAUGCAAACUUGUGAUUUAUUUAACUAUAAACAAAGAUCUAUGGAACAAAUAACAAGAGAGAACAAUUUAAUGCAAUAUAGAUUUGCACAUGAAGUUCAUAACAAAUUGAAGGUAAACUAUGAAGUCAUACAGGAACAGUUCUUUGUUUCAAAAAUGACUGUCGAUAAUCUAUCAGUCACGCCUUUAUCCUGCGGAUAUAUAACAAAAAUACGCAAUCACAGAGCACUGCUGAACCGGAUAUGCUUAUCAGUUAAAAACCACGAAUGUGUAUCUGUGAUGGGCGUGAAUAAUUCAGGAAAAUCAACUCUACUAAGAGUCCUGGCUGGAGCAACAAAUGCAGAUUAUGGUUAUGUUUUAGUUGGAGGACAUUCCUUAAAUAAUAAACAAAAUGAAGCAAACAAAUAUAUUGGAUAUUCUCCUAAAAAUUUAAUACUCCUGAGCGAGUACAAGGUUUAUGAAUUUUUAUAUAUAAUAUGCCUACUACGUGGCAUGCCAAAACAUGAAAUCAAAAAUACCUACGAAAAUUUAGCUAAAGCACUAAGUAUUUAUGAUGAUCUGAACAAAUAUAUUGCCGAUAUCUCUGUUGGUGUUAGUAGGCGUGUGUGUCUCAUAACUGCGAUGUUGGGUAAUACGUGUGUGAUUUUAUUAGAAGAACCCACUAUGUAUGCGGACGUAGCUUCGCGACGAAUUAUAUGGAAUGUAAUAUGUCAAUUAAAAGAAAGUGGAAGAGCAUGUAUUAUUACAACACAUAAUAUAAGGGACUCACUCUUUGUAUGCGACAGACUUGCUAUACUUGGUGCAAAUGGUGCUUUCUACGCCUUUACUUCAUUACAAGGAAUUCGUGAUAAAUUCGUAGAUGCUUAUACGAUUGAAGUGACUAUGAAAAAUGUUGCUCAAGAUCAAAAAAAUGCUUUCGACAACAAAUCUAAUACACUCAUUCAAUUUGUUACUAACAAUUUCCCUGGUGCAUUUUUAAAAAGCGUUAUGGGAAAUAAUAUUACUUUUGUGAUUCCUGAUAACAAGAAGGUAAAAAUGUCAACUAUAUUUAGAGAAAUACAGACAAACGUUUCAAACCUAAGUAUCGAGGACUGUAUUAUUAGGAAAACUCCGAUGAAGCCGCUUAUUAUAAACUUAAUGGAACGAUCUACUCGUGAUCAUAAAAAGUAUGAUUAGUUAUUGCAGUCUUUAUUAGUCAGUGUAGUUUUUUUUUUGAUUUUUUAUGU